UUCCUUUAUGGAAUCACUUUACAACGUAGGCGAUCAUUUUUUCGAGAAUAAGUGCAGAAAUAUUCUCUCCCACCCCACGGCUAUUCAAGGACGUAUCUUACGCAACCGUCUGGCAGACUGAUAACGUAAGAAGAGGCAAGUUAAGGUGGCGGCGGCCAUUUUGUGUCGGGAGGCCGAAGAAGAAAGACGGUCUUGCCUUUAGCGCCAAACUAUUUCUGCCUGGAUUUGGCUGGUCUAGAGACCGCGGGAAUUGAGCCGUAGCGAGCAAGGGAAACAAAGCGGCUAAGGCAGACUCUGGAGAGACAUAGCAGCAGCAACAAAAACCAACAACAGCUGCGGUUGGGUCUUCUUAGUGCCGGGCCUUCAGUCUCUGGUUUCCUUGCCUACCUAGUCUUGUGCCAGAGGCCUCUUUCGUCCUGUGAGGAUGCGAGGCUUUGGAGAUCGAGGCCGCGACCGUGACCGUGGCGGGUUUGGCGGUCCACUCCCUCCCAAAAAAUUUGGAAACCCAGGGGAGCGUCUCCGUAAGAAGAAAUGGGAUUUGAAUGAAUUGCCCAAAUUUGAGAAAAAUUUCUAUGCUGAACAUCCAGAAGUGGCCAGACUCACUCCAUAUGAGGUUGAUGAACUGAGAAGAAAGAAAGAGAUUACAGUUAGAGGAUCAGAUGGUUGCCCCAAGCCUGUGUUUGCCUUCCACCAGUGUAACUUUCCACAGUAUGUAAUGGAUGUCUUGAUCGACCAGCACUUUACAGAACCAACUCCAAUUCAGUGCCAGGGCUUUCCAUUGGCCCUUAGUGGUCGAGAUAUGGUGGGCAUUGCACAGACUGGCUCUGGAAAAACAUUGGCAUACUUGCUGCCUGCAAUUGUUCAUAUCAACCACCAGCCAUAUUUGGAAAGAGGGGAUGGUCCAAUUUGCUUGGUUUUAGCUCCAACCCGAGAGCUGGCCCAGCAAGUCCAACAGGUAGCUGAUGAUUAUGGUAAAUGUUCAAGAUUAAAGAGUACUUGUAUAUAUGGAGGAGCACCCAAAGGUCCCCAAAUCAGAGACUUGGAGAGAGGUGUUGAAAUUUGCAUUGCUACACCUGGUCGUCUGAUUGAUUUCUUGGAAGCAGGGAAAACUAACCUCCGCCGAUGUACAUACCUUGUACUGGAUGAAGCAGACAGAAUGCUGGAUAUGGGUUUUGAACCUCAGAUUCGUAAAAUUGUUGAUCAGAUACGGCCUGACAGGCAGACACUAAUGUGGAGUGCCACUUGGCCAAAGGAGGUGCGCCAGCUCGCUGAGGAUUUCUUGCAUGACUAUGUCCAGAUCAACGUGGGCAACCUGGAGCUGAGUGCCAAUCAUAACAUCCUGCAAAUAGUGGAUGUGUGCAUGGAGAGCGAAAAAGAUCAUAAACUAAUACAACUGAUGGAAGAAAUCAUGGCUGAAAAAGAGAAUAAGACAAUUAUCUUUGUGGAGACAAAAAGACGAUGCGAUGACCUAACUCGAAGGAUGCGUAGAGAUGGAUGGCCAGCUAUGUGUAUUCAUGGAGACAAGAGUCAACCAGAACGAGAUUGGGUGCUUAAUGAAUUCCGUUCUGGAAAAGCUCCUAUCCUUAUUGCUACGGAUGUUGCAUCUCGUGGGCUAGAUGUGGAAGACGUAAAGUUUGUGAUAAACUACGACUAUCCAAACAGCUCGGAGGAUUAUGUCCACAGAAUCGGCCGUACUGCCCGUAGCACCAACAAAGGCACUGCCUAUACAUUCUUCACACCAGGGAAUCUGAAACAGGCUAGAGAGCUAAUAAAAGUGCUAGAGGAAGCCAAUCAGGCCAUCAACCCUAAACUGAUGCAGCUUGUGGACCAUAGAGGUGGCGGUGGUGGUGGAGGUGGUCGCUCUCGUUACCGUACCAACAAUUCAUCCAACAAUCCUAAUCUGAUGUACCAGGAGGAGUGUGAACGGAGGCUCCGGGGAGUUAAAGAUGGCCGAAGAGACUCAAGUAGCUUCCGAGACCGUGAUCGUAGCGACAGCUUUGCCAAUGGAGCCAACAAGACCUAUGGUGGUGCAUAUGGGAAUGCAAAUUCUGCAUUUGGGUCACAGCAGGGCCAGUAUGGUUAUGCCCAGGGAACCUAUGGAGCUGCUGCUUAUGGUGCAAGUGGUUAUGGGGCAGAAUAUGGUGCCGCUGGUUAUGGUGGAACCGGCACUGCCAACGCUGGGAGAAACUCACAAAGCACUGGCCAACAGCAGUAUGCAGGGAUGGGCCGUUCAGGCCAGCAACCACAACCUCUCAUGUCGCAACAGUUUCCUCAGCCUCCAGGCACUAACGUGAUGGGCUAUAUGGGACAGACUGCCAGCUACCAGUAUCCACCCCCUCCCCCACCCCCACCCCCUUCACGCAAGUAAGACAUUUGCUUUCCUGCUGACUAGUCAAGACUUGCAAUUAAGAGCCUUCUCUCCUUUCCCUCCCCCCUUCAUCUCCAUUGUGAUGUUUUUCCCUAACGCAGGUUAGAUGUAGAGCUCACCAUCAAGUUCUGCCCACAAACAGUGGUCCCUAGUCCACAUUACUGAUUUUGUUUUUAAAAUUAGCAUUGGCUGGAAAACUAACUUCUCUUUACAUGUUUGGCCUUGCAUGUUAAAAAAGACCUGGAAUGAUUAUUUUCUUUUUUUAAAAAAAAAAAAGUCCUACAGAGUAGAUAGGUCCCAGCCCAGUAAUUGUGUCUGAGGCUUGUGUAUGAAAACUUGCUGCAGAGAGGGACAACUUCUCCAUCUUAUGAACCACAAGAAAGAUGUUGCCAAAUAGUGCUUCCUUCUUAACAGAAUAUUGAAAGUGGCGUCUUUUUUGCUUACUGAAGUUGGGACUUUCUCUACAAGGACAAUUGAACCUGAGGCUUUGGAUUUGGCAUAGCUGGGUUUUGAAAAGAUAAUUAGCAUGGUUUGGCUCAGCUUAUGGUUGUUCCAAACCUUCACUGUACAGAAAUCACAUAAAGAAAGUUUAAUUUUGGCUAACAUUUCUGCAGCUCCUAGAUAUCUUAUCAGCCCUUUAGGGAAGGAUGUAAAGACAGAGUAUUGGAAAUGAGUGUUCUUUUCUGUACUUCACCCCAGUGUUAAUCACUAAAUCAUUACAUUUUUAAGUUAAUUGAAUUUCUCUGUGGCACUUAAAUUACUAGCAACUGGAUUUUCACCCAAUUAUCAUAAUGUUGUUUUCCACUACACCCCAGAGUUCCAGCUCCUGGGGUUAAGCUUGCACUGAAGCAGAAAAUACUGAGAAAACUAAAUAGUCUUCAUGUGCUUGGUGUAUACUGUACCUCCUUAAUAUAGCACCUUUUAUCAGGCAGGUUCAGGAUCCCAUUGUAUUGAGUAAAAUGGUUCAGGUUUUCUGUUUCAAAUUUUAAGUUUAUUUUAGGCCAGAUGGAAUCUAAACCCCUCUCCAUGGGGGAGGAGGAAGAGAUGGCUAAUAUGUCUUGGAGCUGCAUUCACAUCCAGAUCUGACUAGGGUUUUCCUUGGCUUUUGAGUGAGUUUGUUCUGCUGUCUUUUACACUCUGCUUUCACAGGUAGGUAGCAUUCUAGGAAAUUUUAGGAAAGGAUGGAACUUUAGUAAACAGUCCCAUUCAAUCUUGUUGAUUUUUCCAGACUAAGCAAGGCUGUAGGAGGUUGAGGGGGGGCAGGAUUCUUCAUGUACUAAGGCUUAUGUCCUGUGACUAUUAGCAGAAGAGUUGGUAGUAGUUGGUUUUUUUAGUGCAUCACCUGUUAACUUCAGGUAACAUAGCAGGAGAUCACUUGCGUAUGGAGUGAGGCAUAACGUGUGGUACAGUGUUCUCUUUUGGGGGGAAAUGCAUAGUUCAAAUAAAUAUAACAGUCCACAGUUGUUUUAUGACAAUGUGGGGCUGGUUUAUUUAAAAAGGGAGGGGUGUUAUAUUUGUAUUCCACAGUAGAGAGCAACCUGGGGAAUGAUAAAAUCAUUUGUGGGUCUGCACGCAACAUACAGGUAGGUUGUUGGCACGAUGGUGGGAGGGAAAUGUUUGCCAGUUUAAAUUACUCGUGCCUCAUUUGACUUCCAUAAUUGUAAGCUGGAGAAUGGAGAAUGGAGAAAUCUAGUAGUAAGCUUCAGUGCUAAAAAAAUUAGAAAUGGACAUUCAUUUUGAACAGUGAUAAAUACAUGCUUAUUUCCUGAAAAAACAUCAUGGAACUACUUGUUAGUUCAUGCAGAAAUGCAUCUGCAAGCAAAGGAUAUGUGGGGCAUAAUGCAUACAUCCCCCCUGUGCUGUAAAAGAGUUUCAGGAUGCUGUAUGGCCUUAAGUCUUUUUUCAGUAAUCUCUGCUGGCAUAAAAUUAUGUUUAGAUCUUAUAGUGCUUUAUUGUAGCUUGAGGAUAGCUACAACCCAGAGUUUCUCAAGCUCAUUCAAAGUGUUGAGCAACCAUUGAAUGCUCUGUGGCAUGUAUUGGUUGUGUCCCACCUGGUGCUGCUUGGUUCCACUUACCAGCUAAAGAGCCCUGUUGAUGAAGUGGUAAUGUCUAUUUCUCCAUAAACAUUUGUAGAAAUACCAAUCCAGCAUAUCUUUCCUUCCAGAUAAUUACUGUGUGGGCUUUGAGUCGAAAGAUUUAAAUUCUAAACUUUAGAGGCUUUUUGGGUGGGAUCAGUGCUCUGUUUCAACCCUUAUUGGUAUUUGAACACAUUCCUGUUGUACUAACGAAGACUUGAAUGGAAAGAUUCAUAGCCCUUUGGUGUUCAGGCACAGCAUACUAAAAAGCUAUGUUCCUAUUAGUUUGUAAAUUGUCCUUUUGAUACCAUCUUGUUUUCUUUUGUAGGUAUGAAUAAAAUACUUGUCAAUAAA